UUCAGCGGCUUCCAGGCAGAGCUGAACAUCAUCAACAAUAACAUUAGUUUUUAAAUUAUUAAACAUUUAAAUAUAGUAAUUAAGACGAGAGCAUGCGAUUUGGGAGUCACGAUGCACAUAAAGCAAGUGAUUAUCCAAGGGUUCAAAAGUUACAGGGAGCAGACCGUGGUGGAACCCUUUCAUAAAGGACACAAUGUUGUUGUGGGGAGAAAUGGAUCGGGAAAGAGCAAUUUCUUUUAUGCCAUCCAAUUUGUGUUGUCCGACGAGUUCUCCCACCUCCGACCGGAACAACGCCAAUCUCUUUUACACGAAGGAACCGGGCCCCGUGUGCUAACGGGCUACGUCGAGAUAAUCUUUGACAACUGCGACGGCCGUUUCCCCAUCGACAAGGAAGAAGUCUUCCUUCGACGCGUGAUUGGCGCAAAGAAAGAUCAAUAUUUCCUCAACAAAAAAAUGGUUCCACGAAACGAUGUGGUUAAUUUACUCGAGUCGGCCGGGUUUUCAAGAUCAAAUCCUUAUUACAUUGUUAAACAAGGGAAAAUUAACCAAAUGGCAACCGCUCCGGAUAGUCAUCGGUUGAAAUUGUUGAGAGAAGUGGCCGGGACGAGGGUGUACGAUGAGAGGAAGGAGGAGUCCAAGAAUAUUUUGAAGGAGACCGAGGGAAAAAAGGAAAAGAUCGAAGAGUUUCUAAAAACCAUAGAAGAUCGUCUCAAAACCUUGGAAGAAGAAAAAGAAGAGUUAAAAGAGUACCAAAAAUGGGAUAAGAAGCGUCGAGCGUUGGAGUACACGAUUUACGACCGCGAGUUGAAUGAUACGAGGAAGAAAUUGGAAGAUUUGGAGGCAAAAAGGAAGAAAAGUGGGGAAGGAAGUGAAGGUUUACGAUCGAAAUUGAGGGAGGCGGAGAAAAAUGCGAAGAAUGCGAGCAGGGAAUUGAAGGAGAUGAGGGCUUGUGUUAAUCAGGCGAAGGAGGAGAAACAGGGGAUCGGGGUGGAGUUGCAACAGUUGCAGAUGGAGAAGACAAAAUUGGAGAACCGAGAGCGAGACCUUGACGAGGAAAUGAGCGGGGAUAAGAACUCCAAGAAAAGAGCAGAAGGCGAAUUAGAAAAGUUAAAUUCCACGAUAAAGCAGAAAGAGGAGGAGUUGCGAAGGGUGAAACCAGAGUAUGAAGAGUUGAAAAAGAGGGAAGAGACCAUCACCAAAGAAUUGGCACUCAAGGAGCAGAAAAGGAAAGAGUUGUAUGCAAAACAGGGGAGAGGUUCGCAGUUUACCACGAAGGAUGAGAGGGAUAAGUGGAUCACGUCGGAGUUGAAAAUGUUAAACAAGCGAAUAAAGGACAAAGUUGAUGACAUUGACCGUUUAUCGAAAGAGUUGGAUUCCGAUGCCAAGAAAAAGAUUGAGCUGGAGGAAACCGUGGAGCGGAUGUCGUCAGAGAUUGAAAGUUAUAAAACUAAUAUCGAUGAUUUCAACAAGAGAUAUUACGAAUUGAAAAAGCAGAGGGAUCAGUUUCACUCGGAGAGGAACGAACUCUGGCGAAAGGAAUCGAACCUCCAGCAACGUCUGUCUCUUAAAAAUGAAGAGUUAACAAAAUGCGAGGGUGAAUUCCGAUCCAUGGCCGGGAGGGAAAUAUUCAAUGGAAGAAACAGCAUUUUACAAGUGUUGGAAUCGUUAAAAACCAAAGGACAAGAUCACAUUGUUCAAGGUUAUCAUGGACUCGUGUUGGAGAAUAUCAGGGCGGAUGAGGGGACGGAAACGGCCGUGGAGGUCACCGCGGGGAAGAGGUUGUACUACCACAUUGUGGAAACGGACGAGUUGGGAUCGAUGAUUUUAAAAGAGUUUAAUCGACAAAAACUCCCAGGGGAGGUCAAUUUCAUGCCUUUGAAUAGGUUGAUGGUGGGGAAUGUGCAGUAUCCCAAGGACCCGAACGUCAUCGAAAUGGUCCGCGUGAUAAAGUACGACGAGAAAUACGACAAAGCCGUCCGUCACAUUUUUGGCAAAACUCUGAUCUGUCGAGAACUGGAGGCGGCCGUGAAGACGGCGAGAUCUCAUCGUUUUGAUUGUGUUACUUUGGACGGGGACAAGGUGGCCUCGCGGGGGGUUCUCACCGGAGGGUAUUACAACACUUCGAGAUCUAGUUUGGAGAUUCAGAAAAGAAGGGGAGCGCUUCAACAGGAUAAAAAAGAUUUGGAGGUUGAAAUGAGCGAGUUGAAGGGGGAGUUGUAUGCGGUGGAGGAGAAAAUCAAGGAAAUUGGGGCGGAGCUGCAGAAGAAUGAGACCAAGAAUUCGAAGAUUAAGGACACCUUCGACAAAGUGAAGACGGACAUUCGGUUGAGUAAAGAAAAGAGCAGCUCGAUCGAACGCUCCCGCUCCUCAAAAGAACGCUCCCUGAACCAGUUAAAAUCCAACUUAGAAGCUUUACAAUCCACAAAAGAAGGCUUUGAAGCGGAACUCCACCAGGAUUUGCUCUCUUCCCUCUCCGUCUCUGACCAGAAAGAGGUGGACAUCCUCACGGACCAAAUCCGUCAAUUAACUAAAGAAAAUAAAGAGACCUUCACCCGUCGGAUGCAGAAAGAAGCAGAGAAAAACAAGUUGGAGAACACGCUGAAUAAUAAUCUCAUUCGGAGGAGGGAUGAAUUGACCCAAGCCUUGCAGGAAAUCAGCGUUGAGGAUCGGAAACGGGAGCUGGAUAAUUGUAAGAGUGAAUUGAAAACGGUGGAGGGGAAGAUUAAAUCGCUGGAUAAAAGUACGGGGGGAGCGGAGAAGAAGUUUUUAGACCUGCAGGGGAAGCUAAAAGGCCUCCAGGACCAACUCGAACGCUACAAAGGCGAGGAACGCGAGUGUCAAGAGCGGUUAAACGAGGACUCGAAAGAUUUAGAAAAACUCGCCACGAAGCAAAACACCUUCCAACAAAAGGUUCAGGAGUGUGUUAAAAAGAUCCGAGAAUUGGGCUCCAUCCCCUCCGAAGCCUUUGACAAGUAUCACAAUAAGAACUUGAAGCAGCUUUAUUCUGAAUUGGAGAAAGCUAAUCAUCAACUCAAACAAUAUGCGCAUGUUAACAAGAAGGCGCUGGAUCAGUUCAUGUCCUUUUCGGAGCAGAAAGAAAAACUCGUCCAACGAAAAGAAGAACUUGACGUCGGCUACCAGAAAAUCUCCGAGUUGAUGGACCACUUGGAACAGCGAAAAACCGAGGCGAUUUUAUUCACUUUCCGCCAAGUAACUAAAUAUUUCUCUGAAGUUUUCAAGAAACUCGUCCCGGGUGGACAUGGUCAGUUGGUGAUGCAGACUGGGAAUCGUGGGAGUGAAGAACUCGUUGAGUUACUGCCGGAGGAGGGAAGUUCACAGAUCCAGGGGUUUAAUUCGGAUUAUUUUACUGGAGUGGGGAUCAGAGUCAGUUUCAGUGGGAAUGUUAGUGCAGAGAUGAAGGAGAUGAAUCAGUUGAGCGGUGGGCAGAAGUCGUUGGUGGCGUUGGCCUUGAUCUUUGCCAUUCAGAAGUGCGAUCCGGCUCCUUUUUAUCUCUUUGAUGAGAUUGAUCAGGCCCUGGACGCCCAGCACAGGAAAGCCGUGGCGGAUAUGAUCCAUGAGUUAGCCGGUGAUGCCCAGUUCAUCACGACCACUUUUAGACCAGAGUUAUUGGAGAAGGCUAAUAAAUUUUAUGGGGUCGUGUUUCGGAAUAAAGUUUCUCACGUGGAGUGCGUCACCAGGGAGAAGGCCUAUGAUUUCGUGGAGGAUGAUACUACGCAUGGAUAAAUAGAGGUUUAUUUUUAGGGACUUUUUCAAUGGACUAAUUUAAUAUUUUUUUGUAAAGUUAUUUAUCGUGGAUGUGAAAUUUGACGUAAAAUACUUAAAUACUUAAAGUAAUUUUGAACGUUCGUUAAUAAAUCUGAGUUGAGAGAUGUAA